UGCAAUUAUUCAAUUCAACUGAAAUUUCCACUUAUAUUAAAUGUGUUGUGUUCAUAUUACUGUGGACCCCAUAACAAUAAUUCAUGAAAACUUUUCAUAUUUGUUGUCCUGUAUACAAUAAUGGUCCCAAAUAUCAUCAAUUUUAUCUGUCCACACCCUUCUUAUCUUUCUUUUCAAAUUUCAACAAAUCAACCAAUCGGAUCCAUGGCACCAUCUUCUUCUUUUGUAAGCAAUUCACAGUACUGUCCUCGAUGGAAGUACGAUGUCUUUCUGAGUUUUAGAGGUGAAGAUACUCGUAAAACAUUUACAGGUCACUUGUACGAAGGUUUGAACAACAGGGGAAUAUUCACCUUUCAAGAUGAUAAAAGGCUAGAGCAUGGUGAUUCGAUUACAGAAGAACUCUUGAAAGCUAUCGAAGAGUCUCAAGUUGCCCUUGUAGUUUUUUCAGAGAAUUAUGCUACAUCGAGGUGGUGCUUGAAUGAACUAGUGAAAAUUAUGGAAUGCAAGAAGGAAGAAAAUAAUCAAAUAGUCAUACCGAUAUUCUAUAAUGUGGAUCCAGCACAUGUUCGUCACCAAAGAGAGAGCUUUGCAAAAGUAUUUGCCAAACGUGAAUUGAAGUAUAAGGAUGAUGUUGAGGGAAUGGAGAAGGUACAAAGAUGGAGGAUUGCCUUAACUGCUGCCGCAUAUCUAGAAGGAUAUGACAUCCGCCAAGGUUGUGUUGGAGAAUAA